AUGGCGUCCGGAUAUGGACUCUCUGGUGGUCCCUCACGCUGCUUCCCCUUCUGGCAGGAACUUCUAGCUUGCUACGUCGUGAACACCGAUUCUGGCGAUAUUUCCGGAGGAAGGCAAUGUCUACCAGCGCUGGAGGACUACUAUGAAUGUCUGCACCACAGGAAGGAGGCAGCGAGGACUAGGGCACUACAGCAGGCAUACAGAAAGGCGGUGGCAGCAAAUCCGAGAGAGCAUGCGCCCAAGGCGGGGACGAUCAGAAAUUUGGGGUUGUUGGACAGAGAAGAAGAUACGAAGGAAGUGUUAGCAGCAAGGUCGAAGUGA